CAUACAGAGAUACGAAGAAAACCGGACAAUCAGGAAAAAAACAAUCCGACAGAGAGAGAAAUGAUCAAUUUGAAGAAACAGAUGAACAUUGGCCAAAGGAAGAAGCCAUGUUGAAACUAAUUGAUCGUGUUAAUAAACUUUUCAUCAUCUUCAUCUUCUUCAACUUAACAACAGCUACUGCAGAUUUGAUCUGUAAAAAUGGCCAAUCAAUUUCAAGAAGAAUCCUUCAUCAGCCAUUAUUCCCUGCCACGUCAUCACCACCGCCGGAGUUAGACCCACCUCCGCCGCCGCCGCCCUAUCUCACUUUCCCCAAUCCAGACCAACCCUUCUUCCCGGAGGUACCAAUUACUCCGACACCGGAUCAAUCCAGAUCGACUAUUUCUCCGCCGCCCAGAAAUGAAUCCUCCGCCGCCGCCGCAAACCCAAUUGCGGCCGCCCAGCAAACAAAACCGGUCAAGAAAUACGCGAUUGUCUUAUCCGUUGCAAUUGUCUCUUUGGGUAUGCUGUCGGCACUCGCAUUCUACAUCUAUAAACACAAAUCUAGACAUCAAAUUGAUACUAUUAAACUUGUCGCACCUAGUUUUCGAGAUGAAUCGAGAUUUCAACAACCGCCCCCGCCGCCGUCGAACUUUCUCUACAUCGGCACUGUUGAACCUACACGGCCGACGAUGACAGAAAAUCAUAACGCAAAUGGGUCGCCGUAUAGGAAAUUGAAACCAGAUCGGUACAGGCCGAGUCCUGAACUGCAGCCACUUCCGCCGUUGACGAAACCGCCGCCUCCAAUAAUUGAUUCGCCUCCACCCAUGUCAUCAUCGGACGACGACGACAACUACGAUGAAGCUCAUGAUCAGACGGCGUUUUAUACACCCCAUGAUUCAUCCUCAGCCAGUAACGGAGAAAUAUCUCAUAAUUCUAGCUCUCGCCGGAGUUAUAAUAGCAGCCGAUGGACAAGUAAGAUCAAAGUAGAAGAUGACAAAUCAAAUACUUUCCCUAAAUCCAAGAGAACUUCACCUAAAUCCCGCGUUUCAAGUUCCUCUCCCGACUCCAAACAGAGAAUUCCGACGCCUUCAUCCCCUCCAGUCGCUGAAAUACGACCAUUUUCACGGCCAAAGUUUUCGCCUCCAUUGCCGGCGCCAAACAUGGCACUCCUCCGAUCAAACAUUCGUCAAUCCGAUCAAACACCCAAAACCCAAAUUCCUCCACCACCACCGCCGCCGCCGCCGCCGCCGCCUCCACCGCAAAUUCCAUCACUAACACCCAGAAAAUUAAAACCCUUAAAAAGAGAAUCACCAAUUCCUUCCCCAGAGAUGCAAUCGAAACCCUCAAUCUUGAAACCCUCAAUCUUGCAACCCAUCUCAGUUGAAAUGAAGAAGAGAAACAACGAAGAAGAAGAAGAAGUAGAAGGAGGAAGACCCAAAUUAAAAGCCCUUCACUGGGACAAAGUUAGGGCAACCUCCGACCGAGCAACAGUGUGGGACCAAUUGAAAUCAAGCUCCUUCAAGUUGAACGAAGACAUGAUGGAAAGUCUGUUUGGAUGUAAAUCCGCAACCCCUGCACCCAAAGAAACGGCCACCACCACCACAACAACAACAGCCGCAAGAAGAUUAGUGAUGCCGCCGGAUCAAGAAAACAGAGUACUGGAUCCAAAGAAAUCACAAAACAUUGCUAUACUAUUAAGAGCCUUAAAUGUAACACGCGACGAAGUGUCUGAAGCACUUCAUGUUGGAAACCCAGAAGGAUUAGGGGUUGAGCUUCUGGAGACAUUGGUGAAGAUGGCUCCGACGAAAGAGGAAGAGAUCAAAUUGAGAGAUUAUAGUGGCGAUGUGUCAAAGUUAGGAUCUGCAGAGAGAUUCCUCAAGUGUAUACUUGAUAUACCAUUUGCAUUCAAACGCGUUGAAGCUAUGCUAUACAGAGCAAAUUUUGAUGCUGAAGUCAAGUACCUAAGGAAUUCUUUCCAAACCCUAGAGAUAGCUAGUGAAGAGCUGAAGAACAGUAGACUAUUCUUAAAACUUCUUGAAGCCGUCUUACAAACAGGAAACAGAAUGAACGUGGGAACCAAUCGCGGCGAUGCGAAAGCGUUCAAACUCGAAACCCUUUUAAAGCUAGUCGAUAUCAAAGGAACCGACGGAAAAACAACCUUACUCCAUUUCGUAGUUCAAGAAAUCAUCAGAUCAGAAGGAGUCCUGUCAGAUUCUUCAACAAACAAACAAAAUUCUUCUCCAAUCAAAAUAACCAUGACAGAAGAAGAUUUCAAGAAACAAGGAUUACGAGUCGUCUCAAGUCUAAGCAAAGAACUGGCUAAUGUUAAACAAGCAGCCGGAAUGGAUUCGGACGUCUUAAACAGCUACCUAAUGAAACUUGAAACAGGGCUGGUAAAAGUGAGGAAAAUGGUUAUGGAAAACGAGAAACAAGGGGGGAGAUUCUUUGAUUCGAUGAAAGCGUUUAUGGAACAAGAAGCGGAUACGGAGAUUAAAAGGAUUAAGGCGGAGGAGAGGAAGGCGUUAUCGGUUGUGAAAGAUGUGACGGAGUAUUUUCAUGGCGAUAAGGGGAAAGUGGAAGCUCAUCCGUUGAGGAUAUUUAUGAUUGUAAGAGAUUUUCUUUCGAUUUUGGAUAAUGUCUGUAAGGAAGUUAGGGUAUUGCAGGAUAACGCGGUUAUGGGUUCAGCUAGAUCUUUCCGGUUACCUCCAACUGCGUCGCUGCCGGUUCUUAACAGAUAUAAUGUAAAACAAGGUGAAAGCUCCGAUGAAGAGGAUAGUUUGUCUCCUUAAACAACAACACAUUACUUCUUUACACUCUUUAAUUAAUGGGAAAUUAAUAUAUAUAUAUAUAAAUGAUUGUUUAAUUUUGUAUUUAAUUGGAUACAUUAUAGAUCAUGUACUACAAUCAUCUUUGGAGAUAAAUAAUAAAUUUCAUUUUGC